GGUGCAAGCCUUCUUCCUCCUCCCGGAUGAUUAGAACAGAGUCCAAGAGAAAGAGGAAGCUCGCCAGCGGCGCUGCCAGCAAUCUCGAGUGGAUUCUCGCCGUAAACGCGAAUCGACAGCCCGAUCUCGACACCGCUAGCUGCGCCGACCUCAUCGCGGCCUGUGGAGCGGCCAGAGAUCUCAAUCGCGGCAAGCGCAUCCGCGAUUCCAUCAUCCAGAGGAGCCCAGCGCUGCGAGAAUGCGCCUACCUCUCUACCCGCCUGAUCGAGAUGUUUGGGCAGUGCGAGAGCGUGGAGGACGCGCGCAGGGCUUUCGACUCCAUGGCUGGCCGGGACAAAUACUCGUGGAACGCGCUCCUUCAGGCAUAUGCCCGGAAUGGGCAUCUGGAGAGCGCCAAGAAUCUCUUCGACCGGAUGCCACACAGGGAUAUUUACACAUGGACGGCGAUGAUGAACGCAUCCGCGCAAUCCGGACAGUUCCAGCUAUCCACAUUUCUUUUCAACCAGAUGCCGUCUAGGGACAUCGUUCCAUGGACGGUGUUUAUCACUGCACUUGCCAAGACCGGGGAUAUUCCUAAAGCUGGGGAAUUACACCAAAAGAUGCCCCAAUGGAGCAUUUUCUCUUCCACGGCGCUAAUCUCUGCAUACACGGAGAAGGGUUACGUUUCCCAAGCUAGAGAAAUUUUUGAUACUAUGCCAUACAAGACCGUCGUAACAUGGAACGCUAUGGUAACAGCCUAUGCCGCAAACCGGCAUAUUGUUGACGCCAAGUGGGUGUUUGACAGUGCCACGGAGAGGAACGUAGUGACGUGGACUGUCCUCGUGGCGGGACUUGCGGAGUUUGGCCAUGCUGACGAGGCUGCCGGGAUGCUGGAAAAAAUGCCACGUAGAGACACCGUGACUUGGAAUGCCGUGAUGGCAGCAUUUGCCCGUCAAGGGCAUUUGGAUCAAGCACAGAAACUAUUUGAAAAGAUGCCCGAGAAGAACACUGUGUCUUACAAUGAGGUUCUGGCAGCAUUGAUCGAGCAAAACCGGAUGGACGAGGCCAAGAGAUUUCUCGAGAGGAUCCCAGAUCCAGACGUGAUCUCAUGGACGACGCUGCUAGCAGGAUUUGCCCGUUUGGGGCAUCUGGGCGAAGCUCAAGCUCUCUUCGAUCGGAUGCCGCUACAAAACGUGGUUUCGUGGACUACCAUGGUCGCGGCCUAUGCCAGAAACGAUCGCGCAAGCGACGCAGUGGAGAUCUUCCAGUCUAUGGAUCUGGAAGGGAUCAAACACGACGAGGUAACGUUCUUGGACAUCCUCACGGCGUGCGCGCAUCUCGGCCUCGUCGAUCAUACCCGGUUCUUCUUCCUGUCAAUGUGCCAGAACCGAGGCAUCGAUCCGCUGCUCCACCACUACCUCUGCGUUGUGGACGCUCUCUCUCGCGCCGGGAGGCUGGGAGAGGCCGAGGAGCUUCUCUGGAGCAUGCCUUUCGAGCCCGAGACCGAGGCGUGGACGACACUGCUGGGAGCUUGCCGGAUCCACGGCGACGCCGAUCGUGGAGCUCGGAUCGGGCUUCUGAUCCUCGAGCUCAAUCGCGAUCGAGAAGCCCAUCGAGGAGCACCUUACAUGCUCCUGUUUGGAAUCCAUGCCGAGGGAACGUAACCCGGAUCAUCAAAAG